UCUACGGGUCCAUAAUAACCCUUUCAAACCCGAACCAAGCCCGUCCAAACACGUCCCCAAAACCUCUAACCCCACUUCUGCAAAACCCUUGCUCCUGGUUAUCCUUGGCAAUGACAACAUAGAGUCGGCAAAGCAUACCACAAGCACCAUGAGGUGGGUAUUCGUCUCUGAAUCAUUUCUUGGACAGCUUUAAUGGCGAUUUCUCAAUGGCUUCAGACUAGUUUAUUUGCUGCCACCACCACCACCUCCACAACUACCAAUUGUCGUUUUUUCUUCAGAAACUUUGCCACCUGUCCUUCUCAGCUUCGGCCCGUCAUGGCUAAGUUGCAGAACAGGGCGUUGCAGAAUUACAAUUGCUCUUACUUGCAAAAUUCAUCAUUUUGCAUCGGUGAUAAGUAUGAAAAAUGUUUCCAGCUUAGAUUUAGAAAGAUCAGGGUCUCUUGCAUGAUCAACGCCAAUCAACCAAGAGUUAUCAGACUUGUGUCUGAACGAAAUUUUCAUACUUUUGGAAGCUUUGUUGAUGGGUCUACUUGGGCUCUUACCAGUCAGCCCCAACUUAAAGUUGGGCAUUCUAAUACCAUGAUGCCUUCGAAUAUUUUUGGUUAUGGAUUGAGAUCACCUUAUUCUGGGGCCUAUAUUAAGAGGCCUUUUUCUCACAUUCCAAAAGCAAUAACAAAUAAAAAUGAUAAUGUUGGUGUUAAAGAUGGAAGGAGUAGUGGGAAAACUUCACCAUUGAAGGUUUUCAAUAAGCAUUGGAAGCGGGCAAAGUCAUUGGCUGCUCACAAGAGAAAUGUCGAAGGUGGGGCGCAAGUUGCAGCUUCCAAUGAGGCACUGGGGAUGAAUGCUUCUAGCUCUACAAAAACACCUCUUAAAGAUACCGAUGUGGUGAAUUCAAGAAAGAAGUUAGUUGGGGAUGUUACUGUGGAUGCGAGUUUGGGACCGUCUGUUUCAAGUUCACAUGUUAACAAUAACAACAAAGUCUCCAAACCUAAAGGAAAACAGAAUCAGCAGUCAAGGAGCAAGAAAAACAAAGAACAAUGUUCUGGAGCUAAUGCUGCUUCUGAUGCAGCAGCUGAGCCAGGAGCUUCUAAAAGAGUUUCUCAAGCAAACAAAUCCAAUACAAGCAAAAAGAACCAGUCUUCACCUGCUUCAGACAAUAAUUCUAACGGGAACACACCCAUGGAAGUGGCUGAUAGUUCUGUUUCAACAAAGCAGCAGUCUGAAAGGACAACUGGGAAAUCUCGUAGAAAGGGAAAAUCUAUAAAAGAAACUAAUGUUUUAGUCAAAACCCAUGAAGCACCACAAGUUUCAUCUGGCAAUGAGCUGGCACAGAAAAAAACCCCCCACACGAAUGGCAAAGCUAAGCCUCAGGGACAAAUGAGAAUGCAGCUGUUGUAUCCUCCUACUGGGAAAUCUGUGGUGGUUGUGGAGUCUGUCACAAAGGCAAAAGUUAUUCAGGCCUACCUGGGUAACAUGUUUGAAGUUCUACCUAGCUAUGGUCAUGUAAGAGACUUGGCUGCAAGGUCUGGAUCUGUGCGGCCUGAUGAUGAUUUUAGUAUGGUAUGGGAGGUUCCAUCUGCUGCUUGGACUCAUCUUAAGAGUAUCAAGGUUGCUCUAAGCGGAGCAGAAAAUCUUAUUCUUGCAUCAGAUCCCGAUCGUGAAGGAGAGGCUAUUGCUUGGCACAUCAUUGAGAUGUUGCAGCAACAAGAUGCUUUAUGUGAAGAUAUUAAUGUAGCGAGGGUUGUCUUUAAUGAAAUAACUGAAUCUUCUAUCAAAAGUGCCUUGCAGGCCCCACGAGAAAUUGAUGUAAACUUGGUUCAUGCUUAUCUUGCUCGGCGGGCUCUUGAUUACUUGAUUGGAUUCAACAUUUCACCAUUGUUAUGGAGAAAAUUACCUGGUUGCCAGUCAGCUGGACGAGUCCAAUCUGCUGCUUUAUCUCUUAUAUGCGAUAGAGAAAUGGAAAUAGAUGAAUUUAAGCCACAGGAGUAUUGGACAGUUGGAGUUGAGUUUAACAAAAUGAACAACUCUUUUUCAUCAAAUUUGAUUCAAUUUGAUUCCAAAAAGUUAAACCAACUCUCAAUUAGUUCUCAGACAGAGGCCAAGGACAUUGAAAAGAAGAUUAAGUCAUCUAAUUUCAAAGUGGUUGGAUCUAAAAGAAACAAAAUUCGGAAAAACCCUCCGACUCCUUAUAUAACAUCAACACUACAGCAAGAUGCUGCAAACAAAUUACAUUUUAAUGCAACGUAUACGAUGAAACUGGCACAGAAACUGUAUGAGGGUGUUCAAUUGUCAGAUGGCAGGGCAGCUGGAUUGAUAACAUACAUGAGAACAGAUGGAUCGCACAUUUCUGAUGAAGCUUCAAAGGACAUUCGCUCCUUGGUUGUUGAAAGAUAUGGACAGAAUUUUGCAUCAGAGAGUACUCGUAAAUAUUUUAAGAAGGUGAAGAACGCUCAAGAGGCCCAUGAGGCAAUUAGACCCACUGAUAUCCGGAGAUUGCCCUCAAUGCUCGUUGGAAUACUUGAUGAAGAUUCUUCGAAGUUGUAUGCUCUUAUUUGGGCUCGUACAAUGGCGUGCCAAAUGGAACAAGCUAGCAUUGAUCAGAUACAAGUUGAUAUUGGGAAUGCUGAUCAGUCCAUUACUCUUCGAUCAACAUGCUCGAGAGUUGGAUUUCUUGGAUACCAGGUAGUCUACAACGAUUUGGAAACUAGAGCAAUAAGAUCUAACGAAAAUGAAGGAAAUGAUCGCAAUGAAGCUUUUGAAGUUCUCAGCAAUCUGAAAUCAAGGGAUUCAUUGUGUCUUGGUGAAGUGGAACUCAAGCAGCACCAUACACAGCCUCCGCCACGCUACUCUGAGGGAUCAUUGGUUAAAAAGCUGGAGGAGCUUGGCAUAGGAAGACCUUCCACAUAUGCAAGUACACUGAAAGUUUUACAGGAUAGAAAUUAUGUGACUGUAAAAAGUCGAAUAUUAUAUCCAGAAUUUCGUGGUCGCAUGGUCUCAGCAUUUUUGUGCCACCAUUUCUCUGAGAUCACAGAUUAUAGUUUUACCGCCGAUAUGGAAACAGAACUUGACAAUGUUUCUGCGGGAUUGACUGAAUGGAAAGGCCUACUCAGAGAUUAUUGGACAAGGUUCAGAAAAUAUUGUGAUCGUGCUGCUGUUGUCCAUAUUCAUCAGGUGGAGAAGAUGUUGGAAAAAACAUUUGGGGAUUUCUUGUUUUCUUCUCUUCCUGAUAAAAGCAGGUCAUGCCCAAGUUGUUUGGAAGGCACAUUGAUUUUCAAAGUUAGUAGGUUUGGUGCUGGUUAUUUUAUAGGCUGUGAUCAACACCCAAAGUGCAAGUACAUUGCUAAGACAUUGUAUGGUGAUGAUGAUGAUGAAGAUGUUACUCCUGAAAAUAACGGCACAGUGGAGGAGCCAAAACUUUUAGGUCUUCAUCCCGGAUUAAAUGAGAAGAUUCUCUUGAAGAAUGGUCCGUAUGGGUUCUAUGUACAGCUUGGUGAGGACAGGAAGGGAUACUUGCCUAAAAGAGCUUCUGUUUCCCAAGUAAAAGAUGUAAACUCUAUUACCCUGGAAGAUGCUAUUGAUUUGCUACGUUAUCCUGUGACAUUGGGAAACCAUCCUGACGAUGGCCAGCCAGUUGUGUUGAAGCUUGCAAAGUUUGGAUUUUCCAUUAGACAUCGGCGCACAAUUGCACCUGUACCCAAGAGAGAGAGAAUGAGAGCGACAGAUGAAGAAGAGAGAGAGAUCAAUACAGAGAGAAGAUUGAGAGCAGACAGAGAUCGGGAGUGCUUCUUUCUUGCAUCAGAUAUGCGUUUCCCUCUCUUCAAAUUUGUGAUUCUACUCCAAUUCUUCCUUAGAAGUGCAAAAUUGCGCUUCUUCCUCAGAUUCAUGAGCAUCUAAGAUGAUUCCUGCUACUAAGGGAGGCAGCUCAGUUCAAUGCUGGGGUGUAUAUAGUUCGAUUCUCAGCCAUACACAUUUCGGAGCAUUUUUAUCAGUUUGUGAAGUAGGUGUAGAAGAUGCAUAGGCUAGAAGUAGAAAAUCUACCCUUAAUGUGGCAUCAUUGGGGGGAGGGGUGAAUUAUUUUAGAUGAAUAGGAACACCUAAUAAAAAUGGAAAAUGAACCAAUGGAGAACUAUGUUAAUACAUAUGUAGAAGUGUUAUUAAUGGAGUGAAAUAUAGGUAGUCAGAGUUAUUUUGAGGUCCCAAAAUAAGGAGAUACUGACAUUGACAUUGAAUACUGAACAAGUUGUGCAGACAACAAUGAAAAGAAUUACUAAAGCGUUGCAUGAAAGUUUGUAAAACAUAACUAAUAAGUAAUGAUUUGGUAAAACAAAAGAACGGAUUUCCAGCAUGAAAUGCUCAUCAGGUAACAACAGGCUUGAGUUGUCUAUAUAUGCUUAAUAUUGAUUAAAUUACGCUUGUACCAUGCAUAUAUGACAUACUUUUAACUAACAAGUACCAACUGAUUCCUUUUUGUGUCUUCCCCUUGUGAGCUGGGAUGAUUGAAUCUCAAGUGCCUUGCCAUAGAUAUAUUCUGUGCUUGAUUUCAAAGACUAUACUUAAGGCAAAAGGGACAAAUGUAAUGCCUCUCCAAAACAAGGAGGGAAAUAAAAAAAAUAAGAAAAGAAAGAAAGGAAGAAACAUACAACUAUAGGGAGUAUUUUUUAUUCUUGCAAAAGCUAUGCACAACUUUUCUGAAUUAUUGAACUGUUGGAAAUGCUUCAGUGACAAAACUAUAGCUCUGCUAGAGGGCUGCCCCAUUAAACUAACAAGAAGAGAGAGAGAGAGUAUAACCAACUGGGCUAGUCUAGUUGACCGGAACACCUACAUCUCAUUAGGAGGUUAAGAUUUCAAGUCUUGUCACAGGCAACACUCCCCUUAGGAUAAGGCCUUUAAUGUACCCCCCAAAAAGAAGAUAAGACUAUUAAUUUAAAUAAUAAAUAUAUGAAUAAACAUUUAGGAGUGCAGUCAUACGGAUUUAGCAGACGGGCUGAUAUAUGGACAAACAGCUGCAUACUAUAUGAUACCUUGAAUUUAGUGGGUGUAUAAUCAAAUAUACCUUUUGGAGUGUAGUCAUAGAGAUUGAGUUUUGUUGUUUGGAAUGGAUAUGUGAUUCAUUUAGCAAUGUCCUAGCAUGUAAAUCAUGACUGGCAAACAAUUGUUGCCCCUUGAACCCAACUGGUGAAUUCCUCUUGUAAAUCUUCCUGUCAUAAAUAUUUCAAAAUUCGGAUUAAGUGGAUGGAAAAUUGGAUCAAGAAAU